GAACCUCACGCUUCUUCUUCCCCUUUCCUCUCGUCUCCACCCAUUCACGUUCCAUAUAUUUUCAAAAAUCCUCUGUUGAAUUUCGAAACUCGUGAAAACCAAUGGCGGAGGAAAUUGAGAAAUCGAUGCCCGCGGAGCAGUCUCUGAUGGACAAGAUCUCCGAGAAGAUCCACCAUCACGACUCGUCGUCUGACUCCGAGUACGAGAAACCUGAUUCGCCAUCGGCUGUGAAAGCGAAGAUCUAUCGCUUGUUUGGCAGAGAGAAACCUGUCCACAAGGUCCUCGGCGGUGGAAAGCCUGCUGAUGUGUUCUUGUGGAGGGAUAAAAAACUGUCAGCUGCUGUUCUUGGUGUGGCCACUCUCAUCUGGGUUCUCUUUGAGCUGGUUGAGUAUCACUUGUUGAGUCUUUUGUGUCACGUUUCGAUACUUGCUCUUGGAGGCUUGUUUCUCUGGUCCAAUGCUCACACUUUCAUCAAAAAGAGUCCACCUCAGAUUCCAGAAAUCCAUGUUCCAGAGGAGCCUUUCCUUUUGAUUGCUUCUUCCCUCAGAAACGAACUAAACCAAGGUUUUGUUAUCCUGCGAAGCAUUGCCUUAGGCAGGGACCUUAAAAAAUUCUUCAUGGUCGUUGUUGGUCUAUGGAUCAUCUCGGUGGUAGGCAACUGGUUCAACUUCCUGACUCUGGUGUACAUCUGCUUCGUGUUGUUGCACACAGUGCCAAUGAUGUACGAGAAACACGAGGACAAGGUUGAUCCAUUUGCAGAGAAAGCGUUCAAAGAGUUGCACAAACAUUACCUUGUGUUUGAUGAAAAGGUUGUUUCUAAGAUCCCCAUUGCUUCCCUCAAAGCUAAGUUGGGUUAACCAGAGACUUGUGUCUGUUUCCUUUCGUAUACUUGUUUUUGUUUUUUGUUUUGAUAUUUUGAUCAAUGUGAAAUUGGUGGGUCAUUUUCAGAGUUUUGCACGCUAAUGACCCAAAUGUUCUGCAUCACAUUUUGUUUGCAGUUUUUUUUGUUGUAAUUUUUCGAAUUAAAAAGAUAUUACACAUUUGCCUUUCCGGCUA